AUACACACACCAGAUACGUCCGCACCACGCACACACUCACACAAACACACGCUCCGCGCGCUCUUUCUCCCCUCUCUCUCCGUCAGCCUCAGUCUCGCACGCUCGCGUCCUGCGUGCACACUAGGCCGACUACGCAGCGUUGCCGUCCCGUCAUCCAAGAGAACAAAGAGAAGCCCAGGCCCGAAACCCCCCCCGCGUUGGACUCUGGUCGCGGCUGCUGCCGGAUACCGCGCGCUUGUCGUCACCGCCUAUUCUUCUAUCUGAUCUGACAUAUCGUUCGCGUGCUCUUGCCACUCGACUCCUCCUGGCUCUCCGCCAAAGCCUGCAACACACCUGAACUUCUUUUUCGUCCUCGUCGUCGUUCAGGUCCUUGUCGCUUCUGCUCCGCCGCAGCCUCUCGUCUCUCCCAACUCUCCCCGCCGCCUCCGCUCUUGACUCCUUCUUCAACCACACGUAUCCGCUACGCACACGCGCCAAUCCCCGUCUUUCGCCAUGUUCAACUUUGUGAAGAAGGCCAUGGCCGACAUCGCCGGCACCGAGGAGCCCCUCUAUGGCCCCGAAGCCAUCCAGCCCGUCACCAAGCAGGGCGUGCAGUACACCGAGUUGAAAAAAGACGACCUGAAGUGGAAGGGUCUUGGAGGCACAAACGUCGAGACCCAGACCUUCUACUUUACCGCCGACAGCGGUCACAUUGGCAUGGCUCAGAUCAUCUACUCCGUCGUCAUGGGCGUCAAGACGACGUGCCAGUUCAGCUCCAAGAUCUUCUAUCCAGACAACGCCACCCCUCCCCUGUUCUCGACCGACCCGCUCGACAACCACCGCAUCUCCGAUGACCGCUUCAACUUCUACGCCGACAACGUAUCUUUUGAGUUGUCCGAGGACGGCUCCACGUACUCGCUCAAGUCCUCGCGCAGCACCAAAAGCAUUGUCGACAUCAAAAUCACAAAGGUCGCACCUGGCUUCAUGGCUGGCAGGAACGGCACGUCCACCUACGGAACCGACCCCAACCAGCCCUGGGGCCAGAUGUUUCACGCCUUCUGGCCCAGGUGCCGCGUUGAGGGCAGCUUUAUUACUCCUAGUGGGCCCAUUGAUUUUGCCGGCAAGGGUGCAUAUAGUUUUGCGCUUCAGGGCAUGAAGCCGCAUCACGCAGCCAACCGGUGGAACUUUGUCAACUUCCACUCGCCAACCUACAGUGCGCUCAUGAUGGAGUUCACAACACCGCCCUCGUACGGCAGCACUGUCGUCAAUGUCGGCGGAAUCGCUGCCGAUGGUUCCAUCCUGUACGCCGGCGUCGACAACACGGCCGAGCAUGUCGAGAAGACGGAAGAUCCCGAGGCGCGAUGGCCCGAGCCGACGGUGACGAGCUACUGGUGGAAGGGCACAACUGCAGAUGGGAAACCCUUCGAGGCGCACCUCAUGGGUCAGCUGGGCAAGAGGCAGGACAGAAUAGAUGUCAUGGCCGAAGUGCCCGGCUUCAUCAAGAAGAUUGCUGAAACGGCGGCAGGCACGCGCCCGUACAUCUACCAGUACACGCCAAGACUCAAGCUGAAGCUCAAGAUCGGCGACGAGGAGAAGGAGGAAGAGGGUAUUUUGUUCACGGAGGCAACCUUCAUCUCGUAGGCUCUGCGAGGUCGUUCCAACACGAUCGUUUCAGGCUGAGUCUAUGACCGUGAUUGCGAGCGGUGACCCCUGUCAUGUCGGACAGGACCAUCGCCCGUGCUCACCAUUCUUCUCCAGAUUCGCCAUCCCAAGCACUGCAUUCCGUGCCGAUUUGAUGGAUUUGUUUCUUUACUUUUGUUUUCUUAUUUUCAUCUUCCCUCUUGAAUUAGGGACGGCGUUUUUGCACCAAAGACAGAGGUGGACUGGAACAGCCGGGUAAUGGGCAAUUGAGACCACGUUUUGCAUAUGUUGCCUUGGGCAAGACUUUUGGGAGAAAAGGGAGGGGGGGAUCUCCGGAUGCAUUGAUGAAAAUGCCACGAUAGACAUCUCUACCACGACCAUCGUUCAGCUUGCUUGUUUGCUUUUUACACCAUGGGAUGAGGGAGGAAGGACGACGUGUACAUAAUCACAGCUUCGGACACUUUUGAAUGAUCAAGGCACCGUGAAGGGUGAACCUUUCGACAGGUGAGGUAGAAGAUAUGAAAGCAAGAGAAUACAACGCUGCACGGUGACGUCUGAUCUCCUCGUCAUUCAUUCGCUCGAGCAGGACGCAGGACACAGGCCACGGAUCGCAG